CAACAUCUUUCUAAUUCUUACUGCUAUGGCGGUCUUCGCGCGUGGAAAUUUUGAACAACAACCUUGUAUGUGUGCAAUGAUUGGUUCAUUAGCCAGGACAGAUCAGAUUUUCCACAGUAAAUAUUGCGUGUCUUCUUUGUACCUCAAAUUAAAUUAUUUUUAUUGCAUAUGAACUUCUAUCUGUGGAGAUGUCGAAUACUUUAGUGUGUCUUACUGAAACUGUUCCUUUUUAUACCCAAGAAUUGUGUAAGGAUUCUCCUUUCAAAUAUGAGACUUUUCCACCAAGUUGUGAGCCUACCUGUGGAAAUUUAAAGAAGGCUCUUCCCAUUACUCAAGAUGAAAAUAAUUGUACAAACUGCAGGUGUUCUACAGGAGACAGUCUUCCCAGACCUGCUCUUCCUCGGAAAAGAGAAGCCAGUAAUGUCCUUGUGGAAAGUGUGAAACGCCGGGACAAUCUCAGAAAUAUCGGUUCUGAACCCAAUGUGCCUUGCGACUCCUUCCAUUAUGAUUCCGGUGUUGCUUCACCUGAAUCUGAGAGUCCAGUACAUUCUGAAAAUGUUAACAGCUUACAAACUGAACAUUUUAAUAUUGAUUUGCCCAUUAACACAGACUUUUCUGACUCUUUGGCGACAGAUUCUGGAAUAGAAAGCUCAAAAAGUACUUCUCCAGCUCAUAAUGUUGAUACUUCCAGUACAUGCUGCUUAGAUGAUGAUGUCUGCCAAGAUUUAAUGGAAAUUGAUACUAUUGGAACAUGUGAUUUAAAAUCGGAGAAUGAAACUUCCAAAGUCUGUGAAUUGGGAAACAGUCCAAAAUCUGUUGAAUCUUCAGCAGCACAUCUGGAUGAUCUCCACCUUUCUGAUGCAACAGCAGAAGAAAAAAUUGAAAGUGAAAAUGCCAAAUCACCCAUCAUGCAAAGUCUCUUUAAAAAUGUGCCAUCAGUCAUUUACUUCUCAACCAAAGAUGAAACAGUUAGUGCCAUGCCUGAACAUGUUGUUAAAAACUUAAAAUGGAAACUUUCAACUAUCACACCUGCUGUAAUACGCCAGACAGUCUUGAAGACAGGUUUCAGUUUAGUAGAAGCUGAUACAACUGAAGACUGGCUAGGGACAUGGGGAAAGCAUCUGAAGAACUCAUCAUUCAAGAGAAUUAAACACUUUCAGAAGGUAAAUCACUAUCCUGGUGGUUUCCACCUGGGCCGCAAAGACCGCCUUUGGGAAAAUUAUCGCAAAAUGGUGAGCAAAUUUGGAGCUGAAGCCUUCAAUUUCUUCCCAGAGACAUAUAUUUUACCAGCAGAUCUCAAAGCAUUGAAAGAAACUUGGGGAAGUGAUUCAGAGAAAUGUUGGAUUGUUAAGCCUUGUGCUUCAGCCCGUGGCACAGGUGUUAAAGUUAUUUAUAAAUGGUCUCAAGUGCCUAAAAAUCGUCCAUUUGUUGUUCAGCGCUACAUCAGUGAUCCAUAUUUAAUUAAUGGAAGUAAAUUUGAUUUGCGUGUCUAUGUCAUGGUUCCUAGCAUAGAGCCUCUGAGGAUUUAUAUUUUUAAGGAUGGGCUAGUCCGUUUUGCUUCCGAAAAAUAUUCAUUGGCCAAUAAAUCAUUUGCAAAUAGGUUCAUCCAUUUAACUAAUUACAGCAUUAAUAAGAAAAGUUCUUCAUAUACGUCUAAUGAUGAUGAAACUAUGUGCCAAGGCCAUAAAUGGUCACUGAAAUCUUUCUGGGAUUAUAUGUCUAACAGUGGUAUUGAUGUAGAAAAAAUUCAAGCAACCAUCAGAGACAUGAUCAUCAAAACCAUCAUCAGUGCUGAAGGUCCCAUUUGUAGAAUGCUGAAGAAUCAUGCCAAGAAAUCUUACAAUUGUUUUGAACUUUUUGGGUUCGACAUAAUGUUGGAUAAAGAUCUACAUCCUUGGCUUUUAGAGGUCAACAUUUCUCCAAGUUUACAUACCAAAUCCAUGUUGGAUAGCAGUGUGAAAGGCCCAUUAGUGAAGGAUAUGCUCAACAUAGCAGGUUUUGAAAUUCCUGAUAAUGAGGAGUUUUCUUCAGAAGAUAGUUUGAAAACAAGUUUUGGUAAUAGACAUAAACCUUUUCGAAAUCGUGGACUAUCUGCAGAAGAAAAGAAGAAACAUGCAUUAUACACAUAUAAAUACACAGAUGCGAAGUCAGAUAUCCUUACUACACUGACCCUGGAUGACCUUCAAUGCUUAGUGGAAAGUGAGGAUGAAUUAUACCGGGCAGGAUCUUUCACUCGCAUCUACCCCACCGAAAAUACUUCUUCUUAUUUCACUUAUUUUGAUCACAUUCGCUACUAUAAUGUCCUGUUAGAUGCGUGGGAAAAAAUGUUUCAUUCAGAUAGAAAUGAAGGUAUUAAAUUAUUGCAAGGUAAAUGUGAAGAAUUGUUGCAAAGGAAAGAGGAAAAAGAGCAAUCUACUGAAAGUUUUGAAACUAAAUUGAAAUCUGAAAGUGUUCCUUGUGAAUCUAAUUCAUGAAUGAAAUACCAGUGAAGUUGUUUAUAAAAGAGUUUUUAGUCUUGUGGAGUCUGACUUUCAAAUUGCAAGAUGUCUAUUUUUUAUCCAUUUUAAUAUUGUGAAUUGUAAAUAAAUGCAAAACAAUCAAUAAAUAAAGUAUUUAUUUUUCAUACA